AUGUUCUACCUCGGCCACAUCUUCUACGUCGCCCUCCUCUUCACAAACGCCAUUGCAAUCCUCAGCGAGGACCGUUUCCUCGCACGAAUCGGCUGGUCCUCGCGCGGAACCCCCGCUACCAACUCUGGGUUCGGAAAUGACCCCUCUUACGACGCGGCGUACGGCGGAGGCGAGGGCGUUAGCAUGAAGACCAAGGCCAUCAACCUCAUUGGCGCCGUCCGCACACUUAUGCGACUGCCCCUCAUCGUCGCAAACGUCGUUGUGAUAUUCUAUGAGAUUCUGCUGGGAUGA